AUGGAGGUGGCUCAGGAGGAAGGUUUGAUGCGAACGGUCAAGGACCUGUUUGCUGGUGCUAUGGGUGGUGUUGCUCAAGUCUUACUAGUUCGUUUGCAGACAACUUCGCAGUACUCCGGUGCCGUCGAUGCUGCUGCCACCAUUUGGAAGAAAGAGGGCCCGUUGGCUUUUUACAAGGGGACCCUAACCCCUUUGAUUGGUGUCGGUGCAUGCGUUAGCAUUCAAUUUGGUGCCUUCUAUCAAGCACAACGGAUUCUGGAACGGUACAACAAAGAUAACAAUACAGGCCGGAAAGAGCUUACCCUCGGCCAGUAUUUCCUAGCUGGGGCAUCUGCAGGAAUUGCAAACAGCGUCAUAUCGGGUCCCAUUGAGCACAUCAGAAUCCGUCUCCAAACCCAACCUCACGGAGCAGACCGACUGUACAAUGGCCCCCUCGACUGUAUACGAAAAAUUGCUGCCCAAGACGGUGUUAUGAAGGGCAUUUACAGGGGUGAAGCUGUCACUAUACUCCGUGAAGCCCAGGCUUACGGCCUAUGGUUCCUAACCUUCGAAUAUUUAAUGAACCUUGAGACAAGGGACAAGAAACGUGAAGAAAUAUCACCUCUCAAAAUUGCCCUUUAUGGUGGUAUUGCAGGUGAGGCUCUUUGGCUGGGUAGCUAUCCUUUGGAUGUCAUAAAAUCCAAGAUGCAAUCAGAUAAAUUUGGUGCCGAACAAAAGUACUCCAGCAUGCGAGAUUGUUUCGGACAAACUUGGCGUGCGGAGGGCAUGAGGGGCUUUUGGAAGGGAAUCGGGCCCACUUUAGUACGUGCGAUGCCCGUGUCUGCAGGAACAUUUGCAGUUGCGGAACUCACUAUGCGACUAAUCAAUUGA